GUCCGACAUGGUUACAUCUUGGCGGAGGCAUCAUGGCUUUGUGAGCUGAGAUCCCAGUAAAAUGCAAUAAUGACAAAGAGUAGUGGGAAACGACUUUACCGCGCGUGUCAGCGGUGCCGAAGCCGAAAGACACGAUGUGAGUUGCAAGGCUCCGGAGGCCCAAACACGCCACCAUGUGUUUCCUGUCUGCGGUCUGGCGUAGAAUGUAUUCUCGCCGGAUCUCGUCGUGGCGGAAACUUUCGAACUCGGCGAGAGAACCCAAGAAAUUCACAACAAAUCUCUGAUCGCCUGACUUCUGGGCGGAGUGGUAAAAACAGCCCCUCUAACAUCAGUACGCCAGGCUCUGACUUGGGCGGGGAAUCAUCACUUGAACAAGAUGAAGAUGUUGGUUUCCCUUUUAGAAAUCCUGCUGAUGCCCUCAACCUUCUCGCCCAAUCGGAUCAUGUCAAUUCGCCGUCUCGUUUGGCUGAGGGUGCAUCUGCUGAAGUAGUUCUCGGCGGUUGCGAUAAGUCUCGUUUGGCAACAGAUCAAAAGCCCUCCUCCCACAAGUAUGAGUUGGUUCAGAAUGGCACAAUUAGCCCAGACGUUCUGGAAAGGCUUCUGGGCAUAUUCGUUGUAAAUUACCAUCCGCAUUGCCCGAUUGUGCCGCUUUGGGUGUUCGAGUGUAGAAAAGAAAGGCGCAUUGCCACGUCAGAUGAUUUCCUUCUGUCUGUUGUAUUGACUAUCGCUUCAAGGGAUGAUAUGCAAUUUAUAGAAGAGCACCGCAACUGCUGGGACUAUACGCAGAGUCUUCUCCUUAAGGUGGUCUUAGCCUCUCCCGAUACGCAGACACCCCGAACAGUAGAAGCACUACUUCUUCUCGCUGAAUGGUUGCCGCAUAUUCAAACAAGUCACUCUGGUUUUAGUCGUAAUAGCGACUUGGCGGCCGAAGAUGCUACGGCAUGGUCUCUAGUUGGUCUCGCGGUAAGGCAUGCUUACCUGCAACGGCUUGACUUGGCUGCAUUUAAAACGAACCAAACUUCUAAAACCAAACAACAAACGGAGCAUCAUCAACUAAUCUGGGCUCAUGUUUAUAUUGCCGACCGGCAAAUAUCCGUGCGACUUGGACAAUCCUUCUGGUCUCGUGGACCUUCUCUCUCAUCAAAGUUCGUCGCUGGUGAUUUUCCAAGUCUGGUUAUACGGGAAAAAGGGUCAAUUCAAGAUUAUGCAUCUGCCUUGGAAGCUAAUAUUGAGCUUACUCAACUCCUACAUAAUGCACAUGAUAUCCUCUUCUCUUCCCAAAGCCGAAAGCUUGCCUUGGUAUUUGCCGGCGACUACAACCGUUACAUUGAAGAUUUUCAGAAGGCGUCAUAUGCGUGGCUUUCGAAAUGGGACGCGUUCUCAAUGCCAUCCAAAAUCAAGCACACAAUGCGUAUAACAUAUCAGUACUUGUGUCUCUAUGUUAAUGCUUUCGCUUUUCAGGCGGUUCUCACAAGACAUUCUCGUAAGUCCCAGCGACGUGACCCUGUAGAGAGCGGCGGAGCUCCGGCAGUGAACCUGUUUUACUGCGGCAUCAUGUCUUCACCCGAUGCGCGGUAUAUUUUCGACGCCAUCGCCGCAGCACUCAACAUUCUCCGACUAAUGGGCAAACUGGAUCCAUCUACGGAUAUGUGCUUUUUACCUUGGCGCUAUUAUUUAUAUGGGGUGUAUGCCGCAGUAUUCCUCUACAAAGCGCGCCGUGCGGGAAUAUAUCAAUCCAAAGAACAGCAGGUGAAAGACGACCAAGCCGUCACAUCGUUUAUAGAGGCUCUUGCGGAUGUAUCGCCGAACAAACUGCACAUUGCUCGACGUUAUGGUCGAAUGUUGAGCAGAUUCUGGCAACAAGAAAGAUGGACAACUCAGGGUUCCAUCGGGAGGUUCUCAAGCUUCCACCGAACUCCACCUUAA